GCGACCCAGCGGUACAGGCACCACAACUUCACUCGCGCGCGUACUGUCCUGAAGGCUGAAGGCUCUGAUCUGAAUUUGAUGAGUUACUGUUACCUGCUAUAGCAACCAGAGCGCUGAUUAUCAAGAUAACUUUGCGCAUGGCGGCCUGACCUAUAUAUGCUGACAGAAGCCGACAAAUGAGAUUCAUCUUGCGCACGGCCCUGCCACUCCCUGCCGGCGCACCUUCAAAAAAGUAAAUGUUCUCCUCACACAGGACAUAAUAACCUGUACAGAUGUUCGGUUGUAUGUAUUGCCGAGGAUCAAAUGAUCAAUUAAUCACAGCCAGUUAUAUGUUUUUGUCGUCCAAAAAAGAAUUGCACAAGAGGACCACUGGAAUGAGCUUUAACAUCAUUUCUUCCCUUGCGCUAUCCUAAGAUGUCGUCGUUUACAUUUCUCGCCGAUGAUAAAUCUCCUUUGAUACACUAUGAUUCUACCUGGGCUCCGGGGAACUCUGGGGAUGACAAUUUAGCAGACCAAUACUUCCGCGGGACGUUCCAGACGUCGAACGUAACAGGGAGUGUCGCCACAUUCUCUUUCAACGGCACGGCCUUCUGGAUAUACGGUGCUAAAAGAAGCAAUCAUGGUACAUACACCGUGACGGUUGACGGUGCAAAUUAUGCGGCCAACAAUGGCGAAUCCAAUAACGCUCUGUUUCAACAAGUGCUCUUCAACCAAAGUGGCUUGACACAAGGGUUACAUACGGUAUCGCUUACAAAUACUGCCACUGGUACUGCGACCCCCUACGUUGAUAUCGACAUGGUGACCUGGCAGACCGAAUUUAGCGGGACCCAGCUAGUAACGGAGUCGGUCGAUGACGCAGACCCCAGAUUUCAGUACCAGGAGCCAGCGUGGAAUACGAACCCUACUAAUGUAAACCUGUUUAAUAACGGGACUGGGCACUCCACAAGUGUUAAUGAGGCCAGUGUGACCUUAACAUUCACAGGCAUGUCACCCGAAUCUGUGAGCAUAUUCGGCACUGUAGGCCCUGGAAGCGGUCUGUAUAGUGUUUCUCUCGACUCUCAACAAGCCACCCAGUACAAUGCCACCGCAUAUUUGACUUUCUAUGAAGUCAUGCUUUAUCAUGCAGAUAAUCUCGGCGCUGGUCAGCAUCAGCUGACCCUCGCUAACCUUCCUGAAACAAUCGGACAAACACUCAACAUAGACUACGCACUGCUCACAUCAAGCUCCAAUUCCUCCACUUCGCCAGAAACUCCACCUUCAAGCGUCGAUGCAGUUUCAGCUUCAAACGGUUUGAGUUCUGGGGCUAUUGCCGGUAUCGCUGUGGCUGUCGGUGUGGCUCUCUGUGCAUUGGCAGCUGCGUUCUUCUUUUAUCGGCGAUGGAGAUCGGCACAGGCAGCGUCGCGGGACUUGUACCGGAUUGAUACGCCUGAACAUUCCCCCAAAAACACCUAUAUGGGCGUUUCUUCCUCGGUGGAGACAAGUGAUGCUAGCCUUAUCAGACAACACACCUUGUCCCAAGGCACUUCCCAAAGCACUUCAUCGCAAUCUUAUCAACAGGCAGACUACGAUUCUCGGCGAUCGUCUCGUACUGCAAAUGGACUACAUGCCCCUAGCUCUGGCAUGCCCACUGUAGACGAAGUAGUAGAAAGCUCGGCAAUACAAUCUCCGUUUGAUGAGCCAGGGACUUCACACCGCCCUCUACCUGAAGCUCCAGGUACUCGGCAAAAUAUAUUCCAGCUGCCGGUGCCCGAUGAUUCAAUGGGCAUCUCGAAAGUCACCACAGUGCAGCGUCGCGCAUCAAUGCAAAGUGCUUCAGUAACCAUUGGGGAUACCCUGCCCCCUCCUGAUUACAUGCAAGCCACCAGCUGA